GCAGCGGCGUCUCUCACCAGGAUUGCUCAGCCGUCCAGUCACCGAGGAGAACAUGGUGUCCGCCGCCGUGUUUCUGUUCCUUUCCUUGUCCUGCUGCGGACAGGUAGCUGCAGAAAGACAGCUGGCCUACGUGACCGUGUUGUUUCGUCAUGGUGACAGAUCGCCGGUCAAAGCCUACCCCACUGACCCGUAUCAGGAGGCCGACUGGCCGCAAGGCUUCGGACAGCUUUCACAGGAGGGGAUGAGGCAGCACUUCGAGCUGGGCCAGUUUCUGAGGACCCGAUACCAGAACUUCCUCAAUGAAUCCUACGAUCGACACGAGAUUUCAGUUCGCAGUACAGACUACGAUCGAACCCUGAUGAGCGCUGAGGCCAACCUCGCAGGCCUCUACCCCCCCAGCGGUCAGCAGGUGUUCACGCCCGACCUGAAGUGGCAGCCCAUACCGGUCCACACGGUGCCGCAGAGCCAGGAGAGGCUCCUCUCGUUUCCUUUGGGAGACUGUCCCCGCUACCGUCAGCUGAUGAAUGAAACUGAACACACAGAAGAGUUCAUCAAUGUUACCACCAUGUACCAGGAUAUUAUAAACCUGGUGAGGAAUAAAACGGGACUCAAGAAAACCACCGUGGAAUCCGUGUGGAGCGUAUAUGACACACUCUUCUGUGAGUCGCGUCACAACAAGUCGGCUCCUGACUGGGUGACCCCCGCCGUCAUGGAGAAGCUCAAAACACUCAAGGACUUCGGCUUCCAGGUCACAUUCGGGGUCCACAAGCAACAAGAGAAGAGCCGGCUGCAGGGGGGGCUGCUGCUGGGGGAAAUAGUGAAGAAUCUGUCCAAGAUGGCGGGUCCGGGUCCGGCGUCGCGGCUCAGGCUGAUGAUGCUCUCAGCGCACGACACCACGGUGGCGGCUCUGCAGGCCAGCCUGAACGUGUUCAGCGGCCAGCAGCCUCCGUACGCCUCCUGCCACAUCAUCGAGCUGCACAGGGACGACAACGGGUCCGCCUGGGUGUCCAUGUUCUACCGGAACGACAGCUCCGUACCUCCGUACCAGCUGCAGCUGCCGGGAUGCUCCCCGGACUGCCCCCUGGAGGACUUUGUGAGGAUUACUAAGCUCUCCAUCUCCGACGACAGGGACAAGGAGUGUCAGGUGCCUUCCAACGGGAGAGAUAAAGAGGUCAUCGUGAGCCUGGCUCUGUCCAGCUGUCUACUGGUGGCCUUCAUCGCCCUCCUGCUCGGCGUCAUCUGCUGGAGGAAGGAGCCGGUGAGCAGUCGAGGCUACCAGCACGUCAUCAACCAGGAGGCCGGGGAGGAGUCCUGACAGACACACAGACUUCUCCCCCAGAGAUCCAAGCGGCUGCCGUCCUGGGACAGCAGCGACGACGACCAGCUCUGAACUCUGACCCUCGGAGAGCAGCGGCGCCGGGGACGGCUGUCCGUCCCAGGCCCAAGACCAAAACGCCUUAAACAUUUUUACUACAGGGGUCUUUUUGUGGGGGGUUAGUCUUUCUGUUUCACCUCUUUCAGGCCCGUCUGGUACGGAAGAGUAUUAAAGCCAUGCAGGAGAAAUAAUAUUUGAGAGGGGAAGAUUUGUUUUUAUUGUGCACUUCGAGAAAAAAGUCAAAAUGUUGAAAUACAAUUUUGAGAAAAAUGUCGAGAUUAAUGUUGAAAUACAAUUUCGUGAAUAAAGUUGAAAUUUUGAGAAUAAAGUUGAAAUACAUUUCGACUUUUUUCGAAAUUGUACUUCAACAUUAUUCUCGACAUUUCGACUUUUUUCUCGAAGUGCAUAAUGAAAAAAAAAUCUUCCUCCUCUAAAAUAUUAUUUUUAUUUUUCUCCUGCCUGGCCCUGAUACUCUUCCGUACGUCUGGAUAUCUGUACAUAUUAAUUAAAACAAUUAUAUUUGAUAAUGGUUGAAAUUGUAAUAAGAGAAUUUCUGAAACACUGGAAAAUUACAGAAGUGAAAAUCCUCUUGUGUAUUUUGAACUCUGUCCUUCACGUGCGGUCCAGAGAUAUUAUUAUUAUUAUUAUUA